AUGGAGUCUCCGUCGCCGCCGCAAGACAAGCCUCCCGUCUUCAACUAUGUACUUAGCUUCCUGCUGGUAGGCAUCGCGUGGGGCGGUACCACUCCAUUCAUUCGGAAGGCGGCCAAGUCGCAUAAGCCGCCGCAGCACCAGAUUCUCAAUGAUCCAGCUGUCCAGGCCAGUUGGCUGCGCUCCAAGCUCUAUGGGGCCUUCUUCUCCGUCGUUGAUUUGCUACGGAACCCGCGGUACGCAGUUCCGCUACUGCUCAAUCUCACAGGCAGUGUGUGGUUCUUCUUGCUUAUUGGUCAAGCGGAGCUGAGUCUUACAGUACCCAUCGUAAACACAAUGGCGUUUCUCUUUACAGUUCUCGGCGAAUGGUUGGUUGAGGGUAAAGUCAUCAGUCGAGACACUGGCGCCGGAAUGCUCUUUUCUCUGGUUGGCAUUGGUCUGUGUGUAUACAGCAAGACAUAG